GAGCGACCGCGGCAUGUUGCGCGUGUGGCUGAUCGUGCUGGCGCUGGCCGGCGCCGGCGCCGUCUACAACCGCGAGCGCGACCGCAUGCGCGCCGACCCGCGCCUGCUGGAGCGCGCCUGCGAGCUCAGUUCCUGCUACCCCGCCACCGGUAACCUGCUCAUCGGCCGCGAAUCCCGCCUCUUCGCCUCCUCCACGUGUGGCUUAUACGGCCGCGAGCGCUACUGCAUCGUCUCCCACUUGGAGGACCGAAAAAAAUGCUUCUGGUGCGACUCCACCAACAACACGACCCUCAACCCGAGCCUCAACCACCGGAUACAGAAUAUAAUUUACAAAUUCCACCCCGGAACCCGGACCAAAUCCUGGUGGCAAUCCGAAAAUGGCAAGGAGAAUGUCACUAUUCAAUUGGACAUGGAGGCGGAAUUUCACCUUACCCAUUUGAUAAUACAGUUUAAAACGUUCCGGCCCGCGGCUAUGUUGGUAGAGCGAUCUUUCGACUUUGGUCAAACCUGGCGCGUUUACCGAUAUUUCGCGCACAAAUGCAGCGAAGCUUUCCCCGGUGUGCCGACGCAUUCACAGCGUAGUUUAACCGAGGUGGUGUGCGAAUCUCGUUACUCAGGAGUGGCACCGUCGUCGGAAGGCGAAGUUAUUUUCAGAGUUUUACCACCGAAUAUAAACGUUACGAAUCCGUACUCCGAGGAAGUACAAAAUCUAUUACGAAUGACGAACCUUCGUAUUAACUUUACGAAACUUCAUACUCUCGGUGACGAUUUGCUAGAUAAUAGAGCCGAAAUACAAGAGAAAUAUUAUUAUUCGAUUUACGAAAUGACAGUACGUGGAUCUUGUUCCUGUUAUGGACACGCGUCGAGAUGUUUACCUAUGCCAGGUGUUGAAUCGAAAAACAAUAUGGUACAUGGACGCUGUGAGUGUACACAUAACACGAGAGGGCUUAAUUGCGAAUAUUGUGAAGAUUUUUAUAACGAUCUGCCGUGGCAGCCAGCUGUCGGGAAAACAUCCAACGCAUGUAAGAGAUGCACGUGCAACAAUCACGCAACAACAUGUCACUUUGACGCCGCUGUGUACAAUAAAACUGGUAAAAUAAGCGGUGGAGUAUGUGACAAUUGCCAGCAUAAUACAAUAGGUAUAAAUUGUGAACGCUGUCAGCCGAAAUUUUACCGAGAUCCUAGUCUGGACAUUCAAAGUCCGGACACGUGUAAACCGUGCGACUGCGACCCGCAAGGUACGACAGAUCAAGAGAUCCUCUGUGAUGACGAAACUGAUUUGCCCAAUAACAAGACCGCUGGCCGAUGCCACUGCAAAGCAAACGUCGGUGGAUCUCGAUGCGACAGAUGUGCUGACGGUUUUUGGAACUUCGAUCCACAAAAUCCAGAAGGCUGUGAAUCGUGCACUUGUGAUGCAUUAGGUACAAUUAACGAACGAGGAUGCGACCCUGCAAGUGGAAAUUGUUUCUGUAAACGCCACGUAACUGGAAGAAAUUGUGAUCAGUGUCUACCAGAGUUUUAUGGUUUAUCGAACAGCGACGACGGAUGCGCGCCUUGUGACUGUGAUGUUGGUGGUUCAUUGGACAGGGACUGUGAUGUGAUAACAGGACAAUGUAAAUGUCGACCGCAUGUUACGGGCCGUCGUUGUGAUCAACCGAUACAAAACUUUUUCGUAGGUGCACUAGAUUCUAUUGUUGUUGAAGGUGAAUCAAGUCUUUGUGAUUCACAAAUCGAUGACAAUGCUAUUCAAAGUCAAUUGUGUCAUGUUGUAAUCAGAGAAAACUUCCCUGAUGGUAGAAAGGAAACGUGGACAGGACCUGGUUUUAUGAAAAUACCUGAAGGCAGUACUUUAGUUUUUAUUGUUAACAAUUUAAAGAGAAGUAUGAACUAUAACGUUUUGAUAAGGUACGAGCCACAGUCUCCUCUGAAUUGGGAAGAAGCCACUAUUCUUGUAAAAAGACCGUAUGGUGUUGACUCUGAUUCGCCUUGUGCAAAUGUCCGCCCAGAAGACGAUACUGUUUCUACCAGCUUACCGUCUAAUCAGCGCAGUGUGUUAGUUACACCUCCAGUUUGCUUAGAAGCGAACAAAGAACAUGAAGUUCGUAUUUACUUGGGCCGACAGGACGGUCGAACUACUAACCCCAGAGCAACUGUAUUGAUUGAUUCCAUAGUUCUUAUUCCUACUUUUGAUGAUUUGCCAUUUUUCCAACGUCCUAGCCCUAUGAGAGAUGAGUUUGAUCGUUUCAAUUGUGGUGACUCAUAUUAUUAUGACCUUAAUAGAGAUAAUGUGCCUGAAGUUUGUAAAAAAUAUCACGCUAGCAUUGGAUUUUAUGUAAGAAAUGGAUCAGAAUCUUGCCAAUGUGACCCAACAGGAUCCAAAAGUCAUCAAUGCGACCCAUACACAGGUUAUUGUCAAUGUGUAGAAAACAUAGUGGGAGCAAGAUGCGAUCGCUGUGCUCCCGGUACUUACGGUUUCAGCAAGUUUGGUUGUAAACGAUGUGAUUGUAAUAGUAUAGGAUCUCUGGAUAACUUCUGUGACGCUACUAGUGGACAAUGCAAAUGUAGAGCCAAUACUUACGGUAGAGCUUGUGAUCUUUGUCAACCUGGGUAUUUCAAUUUCCCCAACUGUCAACAAUGUGACUGUAACGGUCAUGCGGUAGAGUGUGACGACAGAACAGGAGCUUGCAGGGAAUGUAAUGAUUUCACGGAAGGUCAUCGUUGUGAGAGAUGUGUCGAGGGAUAUUACGGUGACCCGAGACUAGGUGUUGAUAUUGCUUGUCGUCCUUGUCCUUGUCCAGGCGUCAAAGGCGAUCCAAUUAAAAGUAGCCAUGCUGAUAGGUGUGAACUAGAUUCGGAAACUAAAGAUGUCGCAUGUGACUGCAAAGAAGGAUACGCUGGACUACUUUGUGAUGUAUGUGCUGAUAAUUAUUACGGAGAUCCCAUAAAAGGUACUUGUGAAAAAUGCGAGUGUAACGAGAAUACAGAUGUAACGAAACCCGGAAACUGUGAUCCUUACACUGGACAAUGUUUGAAGUGCUUACACAAUACAGCUGGAGAUCAUUGUGAAGUAUGUGCAGAGGGUUAUUACGGAAACGCAAUAGAGAAAGCUUGUUAUAAAUGUAACUGCUCUGAAUUAGGUACAAACUUCACGAGUGGUAAUUGCGAUGGAAUAACGGGACAAUGUCCUUGCUUUAACAAUGUUAUGGGCAUGAAUUGCGACCAGUGUACUGAGAAUCAUUGGAGAAUCGCUCUUGGUACUGGUUGUGACCCAUGUGAUUGUGAUCCUAUUGGUUCUAUUUCGCCACAAUGCAAUCCAUACAUAGGUAAAUGCGAAUGUAAGCCCGGUCACGGCGGUAGGCAGUGCGAUCAAUGCCAAGAAAAUCACUGGGGUAAUCCUAACAUCGAGUGUCAUGAAUGUGAUUGUGACCCAUAUGGCUCAGCGUCAUCACAAUGUAACAGAGAAUCUGGGGCAUGUGUUUGUAAACCAGGUAUCGGUGGUUAUAGAUGCGACAUGUGUGCCAGAGGAUACCUUGGCCAAGCUCCUCAGUGCGAUGCCUGCGGUGAAUGUUUCGAUAAUUGGGAUAGCGUAAUAAAUGAUUUACGUAUCCAAACCGAAUACGCUAUUGGUAAUGCAAGUAAGAUAAAACUCGUGGGGGCGACAGGAGCAUACACAAGGGACUUUGAAGAAAUGACCAAAAGGUUAGCUGACGUGGAAAAUAUGCUUCACAGCACGGAACGGGGACAAACAACCAUACAUGAAAUUUUAUCAAAUGUAACUAAUCUACAAAAUCUUUUGGCUGAAGCGGAGAAAAAAGUUAAAGAUAGCAAUGACAAUCUAAAUGCUAUCACGUCUAAAAUAAAUCUAGGAAAUGUUACAUUAGAUGCUCUGAGAACAAGUAUUGAUAGUCUGAAAGCUAAAACUCUUGAUUUAGGUGAAAAUGCUACCAAGUUGCAAGAAGCUAACUUAGAGGGUGCUUUGAAUUUGACGCGAGAAGCAAAAGAAAGAGCUCUUAAAGCUGCUGACGACGCUGAAAGUGUUCAAACAGUUAUUGCUAAUACUGACCGACAAAUCAAAAAUACCGACCGACUUAUAGAAAUGCAAUAUGCUCAUUUUAAUAACACUCAGAAUGAAAAUGAUAAGAAAUUAGAUGAUAUACAGGAUCAGCUCCUAGAAUUGGAGUCCCAACUGCCUAAACUGAAUGAGAAAAUGUGCGGUUUGGAAAGCGAUUCGUGUGAUAUAUGCGGUGGCGCGGGUUGCGGAAAGUGUGGAGGAAUAUCAUGCGACCAAGGUGCUGUCACAAAGGCUGAGCAGGCCUUGGACUUUGCUAACAAAACCGAACAUAGAAUUAAAGAACAUGAAUUGACUGCCGAAGACUUAUUUAGAUCUGUUUCUCAAGUAAAACAGGACACUGUUGCUGUUCGCGCAAGAGCCAAAGAUUUAAAUAACAGAGCUAUUGACUUUAAAUUAUCAGCGGAGCGAGUAACUAAUGAAAGUCAAGAACUAACUGCAGAACUUAAGGAAUUCUUAUCAAAUACUACAAAUACUCCAACUGAUGUGCGAACUCUAGCUGGUGACAUUCUAAAUAUGUCAAUUAGCAUUGAACCCAAAGAAAUAACGGAGUUAUCACAAAGAAUCAAUUCCACAGUGUCACAACUCACUAACAUUGAAAAUAUUAUAACUGAAACAAAACCUGAUUUAGAAAGGGCUAAAGCUUUAAAACAGAAUGCCACGGCUAUUAAUAAAGCAGCUAAUUUAACAUUAGAAAUGGCAAACAAAGUUUUGGAAGCACUGGAUGAGGCGCAGGCAGCACAAGACGCAGCUGAAAAUGCUAUAGAUAAAGCCAAUGGUGAUAUAGAGGCUGCCAAGAGUGAUUUGGUUCCCAUAGCUAAAGAAACAGAACAGGCUCAAAAGAAAGCUAAUGAAACCAAGGAACAGGUGGAAGGACUGCGGUUGCGUUUAUCAGAUUUACAAAAAGACAUUCUGAAAAUCGAAAGUGAUGCAGAGCAGGUGAAGCAAGAAGCAGAUGAUGUAGUUAAUCGAGCUGAAGGAGCCGAACAAAAAGCUAGGCAGCUGCGGCAAGAUUUCAAACAGACAAAUAUGUCACUGGCAGAACGCGCCAGUCAGACAUCUAACUCUAGAGCACGCGCACAAUUACUGCUAAACCGCGCUACUAAACUUGCAAGUGACACUCAGACACAACUCAAACUACUAGCUAAUAUGGAGGAAUUAUAUAACGAUCACAAUGAACAAUUAAAUAAGCUGGAAAAUGAAAUAGGAGACCUAAAUUCCCAAAUGAACUUCUAUUUGUCAGAGAUCACCAAACGGUCAGAACAUUACAGAUCUUGUACAACGUAAAUGGUUCACCUUCUAAUAUUUAAGUAUCAUAAAUAUGAAAAUUUCCUACUUUUGUUACUAUAUUCAUGCGUGCCAUAAUACUGUGUAUUGGACUAUUAAUGAGUAAUUUUCGUUAAAGUGUAGUUUGACUACUUCGUCUGUAUUAUAUUGCAAUAAGCGUGGGUUGUACUGAAUACAUUCUUCCUGAAUUGAAAGUGUCUGUACUUACUUAAGUUUUAAGUUUGCUACAGCAAGCAAUAUUUGUUAUAUUAUGUAAAUUAUUAUUUACCAAACUUAUAACAAGAUUGACAUGUACUGUACGAUGAUAUGUUUUUCAUUUAAAUCUUUCUACGGGAAUUUCCCAAUAGACAACUGUGAAGUUAAUAAGAAAUGUAUGGGGGUCUUUAAGAAAAGAAAACAAUUUUGAUUUAUAGACUAUAACAAUACUAUCCCAAAGAAUUUUAUAGUUGUAGUACCCUAAGAUGCUAUCUGUUUAUAUAUUUAAAUAGAAAUCGUUGUAAACUAACCAUUUGCUGAUAUAUGAUUACAAUGCUAUGCUAGGGUAGCCGUGUUUAUUUGUUAAAUAAUAAUUAUAAGUAAUUUAUGUUCAACUGCAAGUCGUUUCUAUCUUCAGAUUAAUUAUUAUUGUAGCUAUACUUAUAGAUAAAGUGCGUGUCUAUCUGUAAAAACUAAUUUAAUUGUAUGUGUAUUUCUAGAAUAUUCUGAGCUCUACAUUCUAAGUACAUUUUGUUACAUAUUAAUUCCUUGCCAUUAAGUUGUCUCAUCAUCCAUUUUGUGAUUCUUUAUAUCUGUAUUUAGGGUGCCAUAUAAAACUUUUAUAAACAGUGCAUUUAUCAGACCUAAUUUUAAGUAAGUUUUUUAUAGUAGAGCUAGACUUUUUGACUUUUUUAUAAUUGAAUAAGCAGCCAUAUUUCUACUACAGUUUGUAAAAUAUGAGGCAUCAAUACUUAAUUAUAGAAAGUUGUUAAUACAUUUUUUCAUAUAA